UCAUACAUACCAUUAUUUCUUUUCAGUUUAAAAGAAAACCUGCCUAUUUCCUUGUUGACUUUGAUCAUUCAGUAGAAGCAGGAGAUUUAUCCCCCCUCCUCGCCUCAAUAAGUUUCAUACAGUCCCUAUUUUAGUUGCAUCAGAACAGAGACACUCCCUCCUCACAGUGCAGGAAAAAGCAGAAACAAACACCUGACCAGGUGACCAGCUCGGUCACUUCUUCAUCAAAACAAGAUGAAAAAUCUACUUUUGCUGCUUCUCUUGUGUCACGUGUCAUCAUCAGUAAAACACUCCCUGAAGUUUUUCCUCACUGCAUCUUCUGGAGUCCCAAACUUCCCACAGCUUGUGGGUGCUGAAAAGGUUGAUGACCUUCUGCUGGGUAACUGCGACUCUAAUAAAAAGAUAAUAGAACCAAAACAAAAGUGGGUGAAAACAGCAUUAGAAAACAAUCCACAGCAGUUGGAGUGGUACACUGAAGAGUGUUUUCAGAUCCUGCCACAUAUCUUCAAAGCCAAGAUGGACAGCUUGAAGCAGCGCUUCAACCAAAGUGGAGAUAUCCACAUUUUCCAGAGGGUGAGUGGCUGUGAGUGGGAUGAUGAAACUGGAGAGAGGAAUGGUUUUAUGCAGUAUGGUUAUGAUGGAGAAGACUUCAUAUCAUUGGACCUGAAGACACUGACAUGGAUCGCUCCGAAACCACAGGCUGUCGUCACCAAACUGAGAUGGAAUGCUGACAAAGUCAGACUAAUAGACCAUGAAAACUUCUUAACUCAUGUUUGUCCUGAGUGGCUGAAGACUUAUGUGGCCAUGGGAAAGAGCUCUCUGCAGAGAAAAGACCUUCCCUCAGUGUCUCUCCUCCAGAAGUCUCCCUCCUCUCCAGUCAGCUGCCACGCUACAGGUUUCUACCCUGACAGAGCCAUGAUGUUCUGGAGGAAAGAUGGAGAGGAGAUUCAUGAGGACGUGGAGCUCGGAGAGAUCCUCCCCAACCACGAUGGAUCCUUCCAGAUGAGUGAUGACCUGAACCUAUCAUCAGUCCCACCUGAAGACUGGAGGAGGUACGACUGUGUGAUUCAUCUCUCUGGUGUGAAGGACCACAUCGUCACCACACUGGACAAAGCAGUGAUCAGGACCAACAUGGAGAAGCCCAGUGACAUGACCGUCCCCAUCACUGCUGCAGUGAUUGUUCUUGCUCUCAUCGCUGCCACUGGAUUUGUCAUUUACAAAAAGAAGACAGCCAAACUUCCCCCAUCUCCUCCUGACAGCUCUGAGUUUACUGAGGAACUUAAUCCAGAAACCUGAUGGACAAAAAGAGUAAACACUAUGAUAUGUGUCACUUUAUAACUUUACAGAACUUUACAAGACUGAAAGAUUGCUUCCUGCAAUCAGAAUGAAGUGGUUGAAGUCUGUUUUACAAAUUUCUGUUUUUUUUUUUUCAGAAACCUUUUUUUCUCAUUUAUUUCCUGUUUCCUCUGUCUAUGCAUGCUAAAUUAAUGUUUUUGAUUACUGUGGAAUAUUUAGGUGGGGGUAAGAGAAUGGUGUCACUUGUCAGAGGGCUCAGCAGAUUUAUAACACCACAGCUAACCUAGGACCUAUUGAUAGGUCAGACAUCAUUUAACAUGAUUACUGGGCUUCUAUAGGAAUCCAUACAGGCUUUGGCACAUUUUCCUGUGUACUGAUAACCAUAAAUGAAUGUGAAAAUCAAAUAUAUUGCUCUCUUUUAGUGCUGAUGUUUUGCUUUUCAAUAAAGUCCCCAAAAGUUUGUCUGGA